UAGCCUUGACAGAACCACGGGACGGCACAACACAGAGAGGAAACGAACACCCUCUAGUGCUGACGAGCUGGUCUUCUGUCUACAUCCUCAAAACUCUUGGGCUUUCCAACCUCAAGAUCGCGUUUCGCGCGCCAGAGAAUAAAGCGUCGCUGAGGCUCGUGCCGGAUUUGUCUGCGUGCACGAGACUCAUUCGACAAGUUUAAGCGCGUGAUACUGAACGGACUCGCGUCGACGGUAUAUACAGUCAAGGAGAGAAGAGCGAGUUAACGUAUAGAGCAGGGGAAAGCGCGUUAAUGGCUAUUGACGACUGGAUACAACACUUAGUCUAGUUCGUUAUUUCAAGUGCUGACAACCAGACAGCGUUAGCGAAAACUCAUCUCACAGUCUCAACCCUAUUCAUGGGGUAAAUUCUGUAAGUUUUUUUUUCAAGUGCCGCCGGUAGUUGUGCGCGUAAUGGGCUGGCAUUUCAGUCGCUCUCUAUCCGCGUUUUCGCGGUGCGGGGAACGAGGUGGUUGACACGCAAAAUCGUUUUCAACAGUUAAUUGAACAUUGUCACAGGAUAUUUUGUCGUGGACUUUUUUCUUUAGUGACUUACGUGCACAAAUGGAUAUAAAAAUGACUUUUCAAAGGUUUCUCUUCAUGUUUGCUUUACCGGGAUUGAUGUUGUCGGACCCCGGGCAUCCAAACCAAGUGGUUCUUUUGGACACAACUGCUGUACUGGGAGAGCUAAGCUGGAAGACCUACCCAAUAAAUGGGUGGGACGCCAUCACAGAGAUGGAUGAGCUUAACCGGCCCAUCCACACCUUCCAGGUGUGCCACGUAAUGGAACCAAACCAGAACAACUGGCUCAGAACAAACUGGAUACCCCGUCAGGCUGCGCAGAAGAUCUACGUGGAGCUACGCUUCACCCUGCGGGACUGCAACAGCAUCCCAUGGGUCUCUGGCACCUGUAAGGAGACUUUUAACCUCCUCUAUUUGGAGACAGAUGAGCCACAUGGCGCCAAUGCUCAUUUUCAUCCCAACGACUAUGCUAAAAUUGAUACCAUCGCCGCAGAUGAGAGUUUCACACAGACAGACCUGGGCGAUCGCGUUUUGAGGUUGAAUACUGAAGUUAGGGAAGUGACGAUAGCUCGUAAGGGUUUCUACUUGGCCUUUCAGGAUGUGGGCGCAUGCAUUGCCUUGGUGUCCGUAAGAGUUUAUUACAAAAAGUGCCCAUCUACCCUGAGAAACCUUGCAGCCUUCCCUGACACUGUACCGAGGGUGGAUUCAUCUUCAUUGGUGGAGGUCAGAGGCGCGUGUGUUGAGAACGCAGAGGAACGUGACACACCCAAGCUGUACUGUGGAGCUGAUGGUGAUUGGCUUGUGCCGCUGGGCCGUUGUGUCUGCAGCAUAGGCUAUGAGGAGAGUGACGGUCUUUGCCUUGGUGAGUCGAACAUUAAAUACUGCUUCAUUUUAUUUCUCAAAAUAAAAUAAAAUGAAUUAAAAAAAAUAAAUAA